CAUAGCUGGGGCUGUUAACACACUCUUUCAUUGGUAACCAGACACAAUUGUAACCAAGCAGGGGACACAGAAACUUGCCAGUCUUUAACUAUCAGAUUGAUUCAUUUUACAAUUUGAUACUUACAUUGCAGAAUUAAUUGAAAUCAGAGGAUAUAUAAAGUGUUUCAUUCUUUUUCAUUCUGAAAAACUAAAUCACCUGGAGGAAGAAUGGAUCCUAUUGUGGAAGUCGUAGCUCUGCUUCUGGGUUUUUUAGGGUGGGUGAUGGUUGGGAUAUGUUUAACCAACCGUUAUUGGAAGGUCUCCACCGUUGAUGGGAACGUCAUCACUACCUCCACCAUCUACGAGAACUUAUGGAUGUCCUGUGCCACAGACUCCACAGGAGUCCACAACUGUCGCGAGUUCCCGUCUCUGCUUGCCUUGAAUGGUUAUGUCCAGGCAUCUCGAGCCCUGAUGAUAGCUGCAAUUGUCUGUGGGACAAUUGGCCUUCUGGCGGCCAUGAUAGGAAUCCAGUGCUGUAAGGCUGCAGAAGCAAACGAGGUUCUCAAGGGAAGAAUUGCUGGUAUUGGGGGUGUAUUCUUCCUACUUCAAGGCCUUUGCACGAUGGUUUCCGUGUCAUGGUACGCCUUCAACAUCACCCAGGACUUCUUUGAUCCAUUCUAUCCUGGGACAAAGUAUGAGAUAGGAGAAGGCCUAUACAUUGGAUGGUGCUCUGCAGUGCUUGCCAUAGCUGGAGGAGCGUGUCUCACAUGCUCCUGCAAAAUGUCCACAGAAGAGAAACACUCCUACCAGCCCAGAGGCACUAUGUAUUCUGGGCCUGCGCCAACACGGAGUCAAGCUGCCAGCACCUAUGGCAGAAAUGCAUAUGUGUGAGGACCUUGUGGGUCACCAUCAUCCAUCACAAUCUAAAUCAAUGUUUUUGUAGAACUUGGAUU